UUUAAUUACUACUCGCUAUGUUUCUUCUUUUCUAUAGAUUUAUUGACGGCCCUGUUUAAUACAAUAAAAAUAUAUUAAUGUUGUAAUUCAUCGAAUUGUCAUCGGAACUUCAAACACUUUAUUUGCUAAAGUUUUGAUAUGGAUGCAGAGCCAAGUACAAGUAAUAGAAAAAAUGAAAAAUGCAAUGCAAAUAAUCAACGUUUGAUAGCCGAAAGUGGUGGUCGUUGCAUGAGCACACAGGCAAUGCAAUCGCUCUAUGAUUUCCGACAAAAUAAUCUGCUUUGCGACGCAGUAUUGAGAUUAGAGGAUGGUGGUGUCUUCCCGAUUCACCGAGCUAUACUUUCAGCAUGCAGUACUUAUUUCAGAACAUUAUUCACAACUACAUUGCAUUCUCGCGAGAAAACCGACGUUCUUCUGCCAGGUGUAACGAGUCCAAUGAUGAAUCUUUUGCUGGAAUACGCAUAUUUGCGAUCUAUUGAUGUAAAUCGUGAAAAUGUAUGUGAACUGUUGACCACGGCAGAUUAUUUAAGCAUCUUAGGUGUGCUUGAUUUAUGCUGUGAUUAUCUAAGGGAUAAUUUGGCUCCAGAAAAUUGCAUCGAAGUGAUGAGAUUCGCUCGUCAGCAUUUCUGCAAAAAAUUAGAAAAUGACGCUUACCGUUUUAUCGUAGGACACUUUGUCGAGGUAUCUCAAAGAAGCGAAGAAAUUUUAAAUUUACCUAUCGAAGAACUAAGGCCAUUAGUCGGUGCGGAUGAAUUAAAUGUUAAAAGCGAGCAGACUGUUUGGGAACUGGUUCUGAGAUGGAUAAAUCACGAUUCAGAAUUCAGAAAGGAUUAUAUAGUCGAUCUGAUGAAAAACAUCAGGCUUGGUCUUUUAGAUACACAGUUUUUUCUGGAGAAUGUCAAGGAUCAUCCUUACGUUGUGGGCAACGAUGCGUGCAGACCCAUCAUCAUUGAAACUUUGAAAUUCUUGUACGAUCUAGAAAUGAUCACACAAAAAGACGGAGAAGUGCCCACACCGGAAAUUGCGCGACCAAGAGUUCCACACGAGAUUCUGUUCGCCAUAGGUGGAUGGAGCGGUGGCUCCCCGACAAAUUAUAUCGAAACGUAUGAUACAAGAGCAGAUCGCUGGAUUCCGAUCGAGGAAACGGAUCCGACUGGUCCGCGAGCUUAUCACGGACUCGCGGUGGUUGGUUUCGAUAUCUACAUCAUCGGAGGAUUUGAUGGAGUCGAUUAUUUCAACAGUUGUCGUUGCUUCAACGCGGUGACCAAGGUGUGGCGAGAAGUUGCUCCCAUGAACGCUAGAAGAUGUUACGUUAGUGUAGCAGUUUUGAAUGAUUUGGUCUACGCGAUGGGAGGAUACGACGGGUAUCAUCGACAAAAAACGACAGAACGUUAUAAUUACAAGACAAAUCAGUGGUCCCUCAUUGCGCCAAUGAAUGUGCAGAGAUCUGAUGCUAGCGCAACUACUUUGAACGACAAGAUUUAUAUUACGGGCGGUUUCGACGGACACGAUUGCAUGAAUACGGCUGAAGUAUAUGAUCCGAACACCAACCAAUGGACAAUGAUAACUGCAAUGAGGUCGCGCAGAAGCGGUGUUUCGUGCAUAUCUUAUCACGGCUGCGUUUAUGUUAUUGGAGGUUUCAAUGGAAUAUCAAGAAUGUGCAGCGGGGAAAAAUAUAAGCCUUCCACGAAUACUUGGAGUCAUAUUCCCGAUAUGUAUAAUCCGCGUAGUAACUUCGCCAUUGAAGUAAUUGACGACAUGAUAUUUGCUAUCGGUGGCUUUAACGGUGUGACUACAACAUAUCAAGUGGAAUGUUACGAUGAGAAAACGAACGAAUGGUAUGAAGCGACAGACAUGAAUAUAUGUAGAUCGGCACUGUCGGCCUGCGUAAUAAUGGGUCUUCCAAAUGUAUAUGAUUAUAUACACAAGCAUCGUGAACGACUUAUGGAAGAAAAACGUCAGAAAUUACUAGCUCACGAAGUACGUCGAAAUCAGCAUCAACAACAACAACAACAACAGGAACAAGAGCAAAUGAGACAAAAUACGCAAAUCGGACCAGUCAUACCGACACCACCACCUCUACCACGAACAAACGAAAACAUUAAUAAUAAUAAUAAUCGUCGGCGUUGAAGUCAAAGAUCAUUAUCACAUAAGCCGUGUACCAUCUGUCUCAUUUAAUUGAUCCUUGAUGCAAAUUUGGGAUUAUUAUCAGACGUAACGGGGAAUGACAAUCAGUUUACAGCUAAUUAAUCAACUGUUAAUAUAGUACAGAGACAGCUUUUUAUAUACUCAUUAUUAUCCUUGUCUACUCACAUGGAAUGUAUUUUCAGACUACCAUUUACUCAGCUUUGUUAAGUUAAA